AUGACCGAAACGCUUGUUUAUCGACCUCACCCGGUGAAUAUGAGCAGCGGGCACCAUGACCGACCAAGAUCUACCUCUUCCAACUCGGGCUCUCACAAGUCCUCCUUCUCCCACUACAAGGUGUCCUCACAAAGCUCCCUCGUCCCGCCGUCACCCAGAGGUUCCUACCGCUCUUCCCAAAGAGUAUCCACGGUCUACGAAGAUGGACCUUUUCGUCCCUCGAAAAGAUUAAGAUCGCAAUACCCCUUACAUUCGAGCGAACCUCAUGUGGAAUACAUCCUGGUCGCCUCGUUCGACAUUGAUCGGGGUCCCAUCAUGGAACAUCAGUUUCCCGGCGCAAUUAGUCCGGAUGAGAACAUGUUGGCCGAGCUUAUGCUCCCCGAUCAGACACAUGUCCGGCAACAAGACUGGACCAUGUUCUUCUUACACAAAGACGCCGGCACAAGUGAGGAGGAGGCUGCUGAGCGAGAAGCUCGAAGGCACCAGAGGGAGGCAAGAAGGCGCGCAAGAGAAGCCGGUGAGGCCGUUGAGAUUGAAGGAGAAGAUUCCGCGGACGACAGCAGUAGCGACGAAAGUGACCCAGAUGACAUGGACAGCCCUCCCUUAAUGUAUGUUCUGAACCUGGUCAAUACGAAGCAGGACAGCACGGUGAAAAGAGGCGCCAUUGUCAAGGCCAUGGCCAUUUGUACAAGACACUCCUUUCUCCACAUAUACAAGCCGCUCCUGUUGCUCGCGCUCGAGGACUACUUCAAGUCACCGAAACCAGACACCUUGGAACUCUUAUACAAUGCUCUCAACGCCAUGGAUCUAUCUCUGAUGCCGCGAUUGUCACUGCUAGAGCGACACAUUCUGCAGGCAAGCGACGUCAAGGACAUGUUUGUGGAGAAGUUCGAACAGAUGAUUGCCCAACGUCUAGCAGAUGAGGCCCUUGCGAAGACUCCCGACGCCCCAGAGUCGCCCACGAAACCAGAGCAGAAGUUUUUGGUGCCUCGAGACACGCAUGAGUUCGAAUCAAAGAUUGUCUACAACGGCAUCCCCAUCCCAGUUAAGAUCCCUACCGCUUUGUCGCCCGAGACAGUGGGUGACUUCUCGCUCAUCAAGCUUGUCCAAAUUUUUGGCAAUCCACAUCUUUCUCAACCUCAGCCUUUUGCUCUGCAUCCCCAUCUCACAACUUCUGGCGCGUUCACGCAUCCUAUUAUCGUUCUCAUCAAUGCUAUGCUUACACAGAAGCGAGUAAUAUUCUUGGGCCACAAUCGACCAUCCGGGGAAGUUGCGGAAGCUGUUCUUGCGGCAUGUGCAUUGGCCUCAGGAGGUGUGUUAAGAGGGUUUACCCGCCACGCAUUCCCCUACACCGAUCUGACCAAGAUCGACGAGCUUCUCAAAGUGCCUGGAUUUAUUGCGGGCGUCACAAACCCAGCCUUCUCCUACCACCCCGAGUGGUGGGACCUGCUUUGUGAUUUGCCGUCGGGCAGAAUGAAAAUCUCAUCAUGCAUUGAGGCUGCGCCAGUCACAGAGGGAACGACAUAUUUCCAGCAGCACGGGCAUGCAGUACUGACCCACAAAGAUCUCCAUCACUCAGAUGCUACAGGAGAUGGACUCUUCAUGGAAGAUAUCAGCCGAAGCAUUACAUCUCGAGCCGGCGAGUCCAUCAUCCGAGCCAAAUUUCGAGCCUAUAUCACAAAAUUCACCCGCAUCGCGGCGGCGUUUGAAGAGACUGUGUAUGGAGCCAGCAAUCUUACGGUGAUACCCCCAACAGAGGUUGACAACAACGUGGAUGCGACUGCUACCACGCCAGCACCGCCGACACGGCCGAUGUCGCUCAAAACUUCCAGUAAGAACCUGAAAGGCCAUGGGUACGUCUGGCCGAGCGAGGAGGCCAAAACCCGCGAACUGGCAGCGUCCGCAGCCAGAAUUGAAGGGUGGCGCAACACACGAUCCUACUACGCAUUCAUCUCCGACCUGGCGGCACAUGCGCAAGACCCAAUUUCUCCCACGUCCCCGGUCAGCAUGACCAAGAUGCUGGCACGAGCACCGACCAAGCCGUACGUGGAUCUAUAUCAUUCGUUGUCCAAGCUACGGACUCUCCACCUGACUCCCACUGAGGCCGGGGCUAUCUACCUGGCUCUCGAAGCAUAUUGCACUGAUUACGAGAGUAUCCUGGAGCUGCUGGAGUUGGCUCCCAUCUCAGAGGCCGGACUCUUCUACGUCGCCUUGGGCCUUUGGCACGAGGAUUGGAGAGUUCGAGAAGCCGUGACGAGUCUCCUGGACCGAAUCAGACAACACCCCGCGGGCCGAGUGUUUUUCAGCCGACUGGGUGGUUGGGCUACCAUGGGCUUCAACAGACGUCUCCAGGAGAAGGAGACCAGAUUACGUUUCCAGCAACAUGAUGUUGAGCUGGGUUCGCUCGCCCUCGACGCCGACCUGAGACGAAGUUGA